AUGGGGAGAUCGCCGUGCUGCGAGAAGGCGCACACCAACAAGGGCGCCUGGACCAAGGAGGAGGAUCAGCGGCUCAUCGCCCACAUCAAGGCCCAUGGAGAAGGGUGCUGGAGAUCGCUCCCCAAAGCAGCAGGGUUGCUGCGUUGUGGAAAGAGCUGCCGGCUGCGGUGGAUCAACUACCUGAGGCCGGACCUUAAGCGCGGCAAUUUCACCGACGAGGAGGACGAGCUCAUCAUCAAGCUUCACGAGUUCCUCGGAAACAAGUGGUCGCUGAUCGCCGGGAGGCUGCCGGGGAGGACGGACAACGAGAUCAAGAACUACUGGAACACGCACGUCAAGCGCAAGCUCCUCGCCCGCGGCGUCGACCCGCAGACCCACCGCCCGCUCAAUGCUGGCACUGCCGCCGUGCAGGGGAUACACACGCCUUCGUCCCCCGCCGUGGCGAGCGGCGCCAGCCCCCACCAGCUCGCGGGCGGCUCCAGCUGCUCGCCCGAUGCCAGCGGCCACAGCAGCGACGCCGACGACAGCGUGUCCUUGCCGCCGUCAUUGGCGGGGAACCUCGGCGUGGGCAUGAUCGACCUGAACCUGUCCAUAAGCCCGCCCUGCCAGCCGCCCCUAAGCCGAGAAGCGGAUGGUGUGCUUAGGACGGGAUACUCGGAGAGGGAGAAAAUAUGCUUGUGCUUGAACCGGCUGGGGUUGCACGGCGGCGAGGGGUGCAGCUGUGUCGGUUCAUCGUCUUCUUCUUCCUUGCACCCGGCGAGCUCCGGAGUGUUACGAUUCCUUGAUGCCUCGCUCUUCAGAGAUCCUAAAGUACAGUAG